AUACUUAUAUGGCGUUAUGCUCACCGGCUUGUCCGGAACUCUUCCAGGUUAAGAAGCUCACCUGAGCUCUUGGCAUGGUGUAGAAGGAAGCAUAUCGUGGCCUUGCGGACUUCAACGUCCACUGCAGACCAUCAAGGCUCUUCAUUUCAGUCCAUGAAGACCAAUGCUAUUGCUAAAGCCCAAUUGGCUCUUUUUUUGUCGUCAUCGUUGAAAGAAGAAAUCAAGGUCGAUGAGCUGAAGUUAGAAAGCUUCCGCUUAAAAAUCCCGAUAAGAUGGUAAAUAACGAUAACGAUAACGAUAACGAUAAAGAUAAUGAUGAUAACGGAUCUGACAGCCGCAACCGGGCCGGCAAGCUCAACUGAAUCAAAAUUUCCAACUUUCACUCCACCAAAAAAAGUCGAGCAUAAGAAACAUCGAUUAUAUCGCCGAUAAAAGAGAUGGCAGCGAAAAGAACGAACUGAUUGAAGAAGCGCCGGGCUGGAUAAUUGAGAAAUCACACUUGUAAUCCCCAUUUGGGCCGAAUAAAUAUAUAUAAGACACACCUACUACAAUGGCGGCCAGACUCUCAAGCGCCAUAUCACGGCGUCCAAAUAUAACCACCAGCAUUCACAUCCCUCAACCCUCCAUAUUAAAACCCUCGCACACGCCAUUCUCUCACACACCCUCACGAGCCGCAACAAUCAUCCGUCGGCCGCGCCGACCGUAUACAUUCACCCAGCUCGUCCAGCAAACAGACGGAUCAACAUACACGCAGCGCACGACGUCGCCGAUCGCGCUAUACAAGAGCACUAAGGACACGCGCAACCACAUUCUAUGGCAGCCCUCUGACAGUUCCCUGCGCAAUGUCGAGGUCGACGAGGCCGGUAAGCUGGCUGCUUUCCGUGGCAGGUUCGGACGCGGAUGGGAUAUCGAGGGGGCGCGGGAGGAGGACGCUGAUGCUGACGCUGACGCUGACGCUGACGCCGCUACUGUGGAGGGCGGUGAAAGUACCGAGGGAGCCGAGGGGGCUGCAGGAAAACCAGCUGCCGCAGAUGAGAAGACGACCAAGAGUGACCCUGCAGAUGGGCGUUACGAUGUACUAAGCGAUUUGAUAUCGAACUACUCAACCAACCAGGACCAGAUUAAAGAGUCGGCUAGACCGGCCAAACAGUCGGGAAAGAAGAAGUAGGGACGGGGAUUAUAGAAAAGUGAAGUGGAAGCUUGAGCUUACCGACAUUCUAGAAG